AUGUCGGCAUACGAAACGGAACUGGAGAAGUACGAAAUCGAAUAUAUCGUCCACACAGAAGAGCGUAUCGAUAAAUACCGACCCGGAGGCUUGCAUCCUGUGGCGAUCGAGGACACUUUCAGCAAUGGUCGCUACACAGUCUACAACAAGUUAGGUCAUGGUGGAUCUUCCACAGUAUGGGUUGCACUUGACGAAAGCACGGAUGAAUGGGUUGCAAUAAAAAUUCUGACCGCUGAGAGGUCCAGACGUUCUCGAGAACUAAGGUCGUAUCAGCGUCUAGCGAGGCUUCCGCAGGAGCUUGGGCUAUCUACCUAUUUUGUGCAAUUACGCGACCACUUUUUCCACCAAGGCCCCAACGGCAAGCAUCUGUGUCUCGUUACCGAACUUCUUGGUCCACGUCUCCCUGUUGUUCUCGAGCAGUUGGGCGAUAAAGACACAUGGCUUGCUCCAAAUAUCGUCCUGAAAGUUGCUCAGAGACUACUAGAGGCAAUCGAAGUCUUACAUCGAGCUGGAUUUACGCAUGGAGUAGAUCUAAACAUGAACAAUAUUGUUUUCACUUGUCGUCGCUUGGCAAGCAUUGAAGGCGGAAUCUGGACUGAGCUGACUUCACACGUGAGCUGUAAGUUGGUUCGACGAGAUGGAAGCCCAUUAAGCCCGUCGGUUCCAAAGGAAUAUGUGGAAACUGAGCCGUGGUAUGAUUGGAAUGACGAAGAGUUUGAAGAAAUCAAGAUACUCGAUUUGGGCGAAACGUUUCGCCAAGGGCAAAAGCGUUCUCCCUGCACUCUGCCAGGCGAAUGCCGAGCUCCAGAAGUUAUCUUCGAGGAUUCUUUCGACCAUAGAACUGAUCUAUGGCAAGCCGGCUGCGCGAUUUAUAUGUUGGUCUUCCACAUGUUUCCAUUUUACGCCAUCGGUGGAGAUCGAGAUCUUGUCCUAACCAUGAUGGAUAUUUUGGGUGACUUGCCGAAGGAGUGGAUACCUCGUUGGGAGAAGAUACAACAAGCUUCAAUUUAUUCAUCGGGGCCUUUGGAUCCAGAGAGUGCGAAUGGUAGACGGCCGAACCCCUCGAUAUACUAUGGGACGAGGAAAGUUCCAGAAGAGACUUUGAGGAUUCUUGUUCCAGUGAUCAAAGGCCUACUGACGUACAAGAGGUCUAGCAGACUUUCUGCGCUUGAAGCGUUGCAAAUGUUGGAGAAGCUGAAGAGUGAAGAGGGAGAUGGAACACCGGCCUUGUCAUAA